UGGGAGAUCCGUUUGAAGUCUCUAUUAAAAUUGUGGAUGCGUUGGAUGAGGUGGCGUCAAUGAGUGUUAUCAAUGGUGUUAUCUCUGGGGUGGCGCUAGAAGUAAAUGCAAAGGAUAUACAUGAAGAAUUGGGUCAAGUGGUUGGUGCACAACAACGGAUGCAGAAACCCACUUCAUCCAGCCAUUCUAUUGUGUUUAUUUAUGAAGAGUCUCUCCCUUCUCACGUGUAUUUGGGUUAUAUGGGAUUUCAUGCAAGAGCCUUCAUGCCCAAACCCAUGCAGUGUGAUAAAUAUAAAUUAUUUGGUCAUGUGUCAAGUGUAUGUGGACGGGAGGUGUAUUCUAUGCCAGCUGAGCCUAAAUGCUGCAAAUGUGGUGGUGAACAUGUACCCGAUUUUCUGAAGUGUCCUGUUAGGGUGAAUGAGACGUAUGGGCAAGAAUAAGGGCUGUCCAGAAUGUAUCUGAAGGCAUUGAGACGAGUGGAAGGAGUGAAGUUGAAAAAGUGAUUGUAGUAGUAGAAACAAUAUGUUCCGUGUUAACAGAGGGAUCAUGACAUUUAGCAUAUUAAGGUGGACUUUAUAGCAUUUAUUACUUUGGUUUUCAACUACACAGCACAAACGGAGAGGAAAUCGGAGAAAAUAGGCAUCUUUGUGUGUGUGCCUGGGCAUUUCUGGGGACUCAGUGGGACUGUUUAUGUGUUUUGUUUCAAUACUCCGUACAUUAGGUGGCGGCAAUAUACCAAUAGGUGUAGUUUGCCGUAACUUUAAAGAAGAAGAAGAACUUCCGGUUCUCCUUGCUUGAUUUCUUCACUAAAAAGCCGGAGUGUGGUCUUAGGAAAGAGUUUAGCUAACUAUCUAGCUAACGUUACGGUACACGUGAAGACUACCUAAUAUGGGUCGCCGCAAGUCCAAGAGAAAGCCCCCCCCAAAGAAGAAGCUUACUGGAAAUUUGGACACUCAAUUCACCUGUCCGUUCUGCAAUCACGAAAAGUCAUGUGAUGUGAAAAUGGAAAGGACCAGAAAUACUGGGAUAAUAUCAUGCACAGUUUGCCUGGAGGAGUUCCAAACCCCCAUUACCUAUCUGUCAGAGCCUGUGGAUGUGUACAGUGAUUGGAUAGACGCUUGUGAAGCAGCCAAUCAGUAGCCCAGGCUCACCGGGGCGGAAGACCUCACGUUGGAACAGGAAGCUGAUUUAGAGGUGGCGCUCGUCUGUUUCUCACCAAUCACUGCCAGUCUUCAGCUCAAGAUGAUGGUCCCGUUCCAGGCCGACUACAUUGCAGACGUCGCAUUGCAUCAACCAAUAGUUGCCACGUCAUCAACUGCUGUUGAGCAUCAUUUGCUGUGUCAUGUGGUUAGCUGAUAUGUGAACCAACUAUCCAGACGUUGUGAGAUCUGGCAGAUGCCUACAAUGUAGUCAGCCUGGUAAGCAACCUCUGACCUUUACCUCACCGCACAUCUCCCACACUAGUGACCUGGCGUCCACCGAGACUGUCUUGAGUAGCCAUAGUUCAGUCCAGAGCCCUAUAUAGGUUACGCCCCAAAUGGCACCCCAUUCCCUAUGUAGGGCACUACUUUUGACCUGCUCCCGUAGGGCUCGGGUGGAAAAUAGUCCACAAUAUAGGGAAUUAAGGUUCCAUUUGGGAUGUGGCCUUAGAGGUAUAUAUGACUCUGGUUAAGUCAACCUAUUCCCCUACUCACCGUUUUAAUUCAUACAGACUUCAUUUUAGCGGUCAGUUGUCAUGGCUCCUAGCUUACUGGUAGGAUUAUACAGUUAGUUGCUGCUCUUGGGUUCGUUUCUGUUUUACCACAAUUAGUUUUUACUCUCCCCUGUGUACAGAGAUACACAAUACCAGUGUACAGCAAUACCAUAGUGUUGGGUCAUUCCAUUGGGGUAUAUUUGGUGUAACUCUUGAGUGUGUUUAUGCAGAGUAACCUAGUGGGGUGUUCCAGAAAGUAGGAUUGUUAAGUUAGCCAGCUAACUUUGAUAUGCAGUUAAAUAUAUCUUUAUUUUAUAUUUAGAAAGCUAAACUUGAAUAUGGGUUGUUGUUGGUUGUCAAGUCAAUUAUACCAUGACGAUUUCAAGUUGGAUUUUGUUGGGACUAAGUCAUUGAUCCUGCUUUCUGGAACAGUCUAAACUCUCAAGUGGUUUCUGAAAUAUUUUCUAUGAAUAUCCCAGGUCCUUUUUCUUAAUGUGAAAAUGGUUACGGUAUCUCCCUGAAGACAUGUUGCACCAUUCCUUUGUUAGAGAAAAUGUACUAAAAGGGAGAGGUAGGAUGGUACAUAAACAGUAGGUCAAAAUUAGUAUUAUUGAUUUGAUUAUUUUAGUUUUUCAAAUGAUAAGAAAAUUGCCAAUGAUUUGCAAUUAGUUGCCCUUUGUAAUAUUGUAAUGAUUUUUAUUUUCAAUGUGACAAAUUAAAAAGUGUUGUAUUUUGACAUCCACAA